AGUGGCACGUGGAGGGGCCGGUGGAGGCGCCGGUGAGUAAAUGCCGCAGAUUCUGGAAAGUUCUCAUCAGUGCGAUACAUAAAGCUGAGGAAUUGGGACCUCCCCUUUUGGGUCGGUAGAUCGGCGCCGGCGCUGGUGUGCGAGCCGCGGCGGAGUGAGGCCGGCAGUCAGCCCGAGCUGCGGAGCGAGCCCAGGGUUAAUCCUCUGCCACCGCCGCUGUCCCCGGGGAAGCUGAGACGCCUGACAGGCCGACUCUCCCUGAGUCCAUCCGAGUGACAGAGGAGCGGGCAGACCCCGCGGGCUAAGCCGCACGCGACCGAGGAAGGAAGCGGCGGCCGGAGGAGCAGGCGGGCGGCCGGCGACGCAGACCCAGACCCGAGGCGGAGGCGGACCGUGAGCCGGCCAUGUCGGUGGUGGGGCUGGACGUGGGCUCGCAGAGCUGCUACAUCGCGGUGGCCCGGGCCGGGGGCAUCGAGACCAUCGCCAACGAGUUCAGCGACCGGUGUACCCCAUCAGUUAUAUCAUUUGGAUCAAAAAAUAGAACAAUUGGAGUUGCAGCCAAAAAUCAGCAAAUAACUCAUGCAAACAAUACGGUGUCUAACUUCAAGAGAUUUCAUGGUCGAGCAUUCAGUGACCCCUUCAUUCAAAAGGAGAAGGACAACUUAAGUUAUGAUUUGGUUCCACUGAAAAAUGGUGGAGUUGGAGUAAAGGUAAUGUACAUGGAUGAAGAACAUCUGUUUAGUGUGGAGCAGAUAACAGCCAUGUUGUUGACUAAGCUAAAGGAAACUGCUGAAAACAACCUCAAGAAACCAGUAACAGAUUGUGUUAUUUCAGUAAUCGCUUUGAAUUACGGAAUUUAUAAGCAGGAUCUUCCAAGCCUGGAUGAGAAGCCUCGGAUAGUGGUUUUUGUUGAUAUAGGACACGCAGCCUUUCAAGUGUCAGCCUGUGCUUUUAACAAAGGAAAAUUGAAGGUAAAGCGAUACAUUGGAACUAAUAUUUCUGGGCCAUGUUCUGCUUAUUUGCUAAGGUCACAAUUUGAAGAACUCUGUGCUGAACUUCUGCAAAAGAUAGAAGUACCCCUUCAUUCAUUGAUGGAACAAACUCAGCUCAAAGUAGAAGAUGUGAGUGCCGUUGAGAUAGUUGGAGGUGCUACACGAAUUCCAGCCGUGAAAGAAAGAAUUGCCAAAUUCUUCGGAAAAGAUAUUAGCACAACACUCAAUGCAGAUGAAGCAGUAGCCAGAGGAUGUGCGUUACAGGUACUUUUUCAAUUUCAGAAAUUGAGUAAAAAUGUCCAGCAAGACAACAGUGAAGCUGGAACACAGCCCCAGGUACAAACUGAUGGUCAACAAACCUCACAGUCUCCCCCUUCACCUGAACUUACCUCAGAAGAAAACAAAAACCCAGAUGCUGACAAAUCUUGUCAGGGUAAGAUGAUAAUGCAAGAUAAAUUGGAAAAAGAAAGAAAUGAUGCUAAAAACGCAGUGGAGGAAUACGUGUAUGAGUUCAGAGACAAGCUUUGUGGACCAUAUGAAAAAUUUAUAUGUGAGCAGGAUCAUCAAAAUUUUUUGAGACUCCUCACAGAGACUGAAGACUGGCUCUAUGAAGAAGGAGAGGACCAAGCUAAACAAGCGUAUGUGGAUAAACUGCAAGAGCUAAUGAAAAUUGGCACUCCGGUUAAAGUUCGGUUUCAAGAAGCUGAAGAACGGCCAAAGAUGUUCGAAGAACUGGGACAGAGGCUGCAGCACUAUGCCAAGAUAGCUGCUGACUUCAGAAAUAAGGAUGAGAAAUAUAACCACAUUGAUGAGUCUGAAAUGAAAAAGGUUGAGAAGUCUGUUAAUGAAGUGAUGGAGUGGAUGAAUAAUGUCAUGAAUGCUCAGGCUAAGAAGAGUCUCGAUCAGGAUCCAGUUGUACGUGCUCAGGAAAUUAAAACAAAAAUCAAGGAAUUGAACAACACUUGUGAGCCUGUCGUAACACAACCCAAACCAAAAAUUGAGUCACCCAAACUGGAAAGAACUCCAAAUGGCCCCAAUAUUGAUAGAAAGGAAGAAGAUUUAGAAGGCAAAAAUAAUUUCGGUGCUGAACCUCCACAUCAGAACGGUGAAUGUUACCCUAACGAAAAGAAUUCUGUUAAUAUGGACUUGGACUAGAUAACAUUAAAUUGGCUUAUUCCUUCAAUUAAUAAAAUAUUUUUGCCAUAGUAUGUGAUUCCAACAUAACAUACUGAGACUAUUUAUAUUUUCUUUUUUAAGGAUGUUUAGAAAUUUUGUGUAUUAUAUGGAAAAAGAAAAAAGCUUAAGUCUGUAGUCUUUAUGAUCCUAAAAGGGAAAAUUGCCUUGGUAACUUUCAGAUUCCUGUGGAAUUGUGAAUUCAUACUAAGCUUCUGUGCAGUCUUACCAUUUGCAUCACUGAGGAUGAAAUUGACUUUUGUCUUGGAGAAAAAAAAAAACUGUACUGCUUGUUGAAGAGGGCUGUGAUUAAAAUCUUUAAGCAUUUGUUCCUGCCAAGGUAGUUUUCUUGCAUUUUGCUCUCCAUUUCAGCAUGUGUGUGGGUGUGGAUGUUUAUAAACAAGACUAAGUCUGAUUUCCUAAGGGCUUUCUAAAAUCAGUUCUGUCCAAUAGAAUGUGAUUUUUUGCUUUGAUAUUAAAAAUUCAAUGAGUAAAACAAAAGCUAGUGAAAUGUGUUAGCAGCAUGCAGAACAAAAACUUUAAAAUUAUCUCUCACUAUACAGUACAUUGUCACGUGAAGGUGUGAAAUGGAAGAAAUGUUGAUCCUGUUGUAACUAAUUGUGAAAACUUUUAUGAGCUUUAAAAUAAAGUUCAUCUUAUGCUGUCAUUUCUAAA